UCCCUAACCAACCCGACUGUACUCCCCAGAGGAUCCAUACACUCUUUUCUUGACUCACGACGACUGCUGCCAGGCCUACUCACGAGUCCUUUCGUUAUUGCUUGACGCCUUCGAUUCACCCACGUACGUACUACAACAAGCGAAGUAACGCUCAUUAUCUACGCGUUUGCAUUUCCGAUAUCGAAUCGCUAUCACAGCCUGUUUUGGGAACUGUUUCGAGCAUUUAAUAGGCCAACUGGGGAAACGAAAUAUUGGUCAACUCUCCCCAUUCCUUUCGGAAGGAUACAUGCAUUGACGGGGAUUCAAAGCGAGAAGAGGAUACUGGCCGACAUCAUAGAAUUGGUUCAUGACCAACGUUAUUAAUACCAUUAAAUAGUCAAAAUGCCGAGCCACAAACACCUGCACGCGCGACACGCGCACCAGCAUUGGGACAACUUCGUCCGAGGCGUUGAGAACGUCGCAAACGAACUCAACCCUUUUAAAGAUGCACCGCACGCGCUGCAAGAGAGAGCCCCAGAAACUGUAUAUAAGACUGUUUAUACUACCAUGUCAGCGACCUUCGAUGGCCCCAUUGCUGGUUACACAACGGUUGGAGUGCCAGCAGAUACAACCCAAAAGAUCAAGUCUGGGGAUGAUGCAACGGCUGCCGCAGCCGCAGCCAAGGAAACAUCGGCCGCCAAAGUUGAUAAGAGCGAUGAUGCAAGCAGCGCCACUGAGAGUUUCCCUAAAUCAUUGGCUUCAAGCUCAAUUGACCUCGAAGACGAAUCAACCCUCGCUUUAGCAGGCAGUACCACACUAAAGCAGCAGACACCUUUCCUUACGAGCGUCGACACCACUAGCUCGCUCAGUGCGACAGGUGUUGCCGCAUCAUCUAGCUCUACGCCAUCCGCAGGGUCUUCGGUCUCAGAAAACUCGGAUAGCAGCCCUGCAGUGAAGGCAGGCAUCGCUAUUGGUGUUUUAGGUGGCAUAUUUGCGAUUGGCUUACUAGUCUGGUUCCUUUUCAGCAAGCGUAGAAAGCAACUUGAGCAGCAGCGUGCACAGGAUGACGAGAAGAUUAAUGGGUCUUUUGCUGGCGGCCGUACUGCUUCUAUUCGCACCACACGCACUAGCGCCACCGCACCACGGCUCAGCUUGCGACCUGUCACUCAGUUCAACCCAACCUUUAAUGAGAGACGCUCGAGCAAGGGUGCUGGCCUCAUGCUCGCUACUACCGGUGGAAGCCCCCAGAGUGCCACUCGCGACAAUGGUGGCAGCUUGUGGGAACGCCCUUCGACAGCUCACAGCAACAGCCCUGAGAAUCCUUUCAAUGACAGCGCCCGUGCCAAUUCCCCUACCGGAAAUGCGCCUCAAGAGCCGCUUACCAACCCGUUCGACUCACCUGAAAACAUUGUGGGCAUGGCUCAAACUACCGACUUACCAGCAACUCCGACUAUGACCGCUACCACUGGAACGGACAGUGCGGCUACUUCUGCCGCUGCUGUUGGCGCUGCCAGUCUUGGUGCUUCGACUACAUUGGCCCGGAAAGCAUCAACCCGGAAGGAAGCACCCGAACCCCUCGACCUCACCAUGCCCAUGGUUCCUCCAAGCCCUACUGGUACCGAAUUCAGUAUGAACUCAGUCGCUCCUGGUCAAUCGCCAGGCCCUUCGAAGAGCGCUGCAGCCAUUGCUGAAGCUGGUGGCCCACCUUCAUCUACUGUUCACCGAGUCCAAUUAGACUUCAAGCCCUCUAUGGAUGAUGAGUUGGGACUUCAAGCUGGACAACUAGUGCGAAUCCUCCACGAGUACGACGAUGGAUGGGCCCUCUGUAUCCGUCUCGACCGCUCUCAACAAGGUGUCGUACCUAGGACCUGUCUUUCUACUCGCCCUGUGAAACCCCGUCCUGCCGGUGGCCCUCCAGGCCCCCGUAAUGGUGGUCCGCCAGUGAACCCCAGUGGUCCACGAGGCCCUCGUGGUCCUCCACGUGGCCCGAAUUAUACCCCUAAUUAUCCCCCUGGACCUCCUCCCCAGGGGCGUCCAGAAUCUCCCAUGAGAGCCAUGAACGGCCGACCUCAAUCUCCUGCUCAUAUGCGCCCUUAUUCGCCAGCCGGAGGCCGACCCAUGAGCCCACAUACCGGCCGUCCCGCUUCGCCAGCUAGUGGUCGUCCUAUGAGCCCCGGUCCUCGUGUCCAAUCUCCCGGACCUCAUCAACAGCGACCUCAGAGCCCCAACGGAAUGAAUCGACGACACAGCCCUCCUGGGCCAAGUCCGAUGAAUCCAAACAACGGUAACCAAUUUCCCCCAUCUCAGGGACAAGUUGGGCGAAAGCCUGUACCAGGUCAGGCAUAUUAGAAUCCUGACAAAACUUGAUGAACUCUUGAAUGACAAUUAGACUUUUCUCGACAUUCGCUUGCGACCUUUUUUAUUUUCAUUGGUCUUUUAUUUUUGUAUCAUGUUAC